AUGGAUCUUUUCGCUGGCCUCAACCGAUCGGCGCAGUCUCGCCAGCGCAGCGGUACGCACCGUGACCAUUCCUCCGUCUCGAGCGUGGCUAGCCGUCCCGCGCGGCGUUUGCAGCAGCGGAGGGGAGGGGCGGAACAGCUUGAGACGACACCGGCAGAGGAUAUGCACCUCUUCACUCAGUGUGUGGAGCAGGUACAACGCCAACUUAAAUCGAGCAUCAACUCUCCCAGCGUACUCUACACAUUGGCAUCGUACUACACGCGGGAGGAGCCGUACGUGGAGGGGCGGCCCUUUUGCGUCUCACUCAGCUAUGCAACGUUUCUCUUUCACAUUCAGAUGGCACGUGUGAAUGAGGGCGAGGUGCACCUGUACGUGCAGCUGAUUAGCGCUAUUUUGUCGCAGAUCUCCGACGACGCGCGGCUCACGCAUCCCUUCGUGCUCCGCGUGCUGCGCGACGCCGUUUUCGGGCUUCCGUCACCGACUUGUGUUGGCGGGGCACACUGCGUUGCGUUGGUGCCACCGCUGCAGUACCGCGCCUUUGCGUUCCUCGCAACUACGCUCGUCGACGUUGGAGUUGUGCCGGUAGAUAUUCUCUACCAAUGGCAGGAUAAGCUGGAGUCACUCUGCAGUGCUCAGUCGCCGAUGGUGGCUAACCGAGCACUCACUCUGCUGGUGCACACUGUCGGGAGCGUGCGCAUGGACGAGCAGAUCAAGGCGCUACAGUACGUUUUGAAGACGAAGCCGCGCCGAAUGAAUGUGGACUUCCUGUUGGCAUGUUACGAGCGGCUCAAGCGAGCCGUGCCAGAGGUGAUUCAUGGUCCCAGCUAUGGACGUGCUUUGUCUAUUCACUGUAGCGAGUUGUUCCUGCGCUUUCGCUCACCAAUUCGUCGUGAGUAUGUGGAGCGUUUCCUUUAUCCAAGUCUGAGCAAUGCCGAUAUGCAGUCCUUUGUCCAAAUUCCCGCAACACGACGUCACCUUUGUGGAGAGUUGCUGCGUCAGUGUACACCUGGUAUGAGCGUUGCCAGUCCAUACUACCUUUGCCUGUGCGCUAUUAUGCAGUGGGCGUUUGAGGAAGAGAUGGAGGGUGCGGUGGAGGUUGUGGAGCUAAUCAACUGCCAGAUGCCACACGCCGCCUACUUUGUCGCUACCCUGGCUAUAGACACACGUAUGUCUGUUUCCAUGCUUGCAAAGAUGGUCAUCGCGCUUGUGCGUGGUGCCGGGCUCGCCAUGACGGGAAGGGAAGUGUCUGACAACGUUGCCUCUGUCCUGCAGAACCGCACGAGUGUGUACAAUGUGCUGUUCCUGCUGCGCGAGGUGGUGCGUAAUUGCUCGGUUACGGCCUCGCGGAGGGCAGCAGACAUGCUCAAGGCGCUCCGCAUUGCUGUUCCCGCAAAAACCGUGGAGACACUGGGAAAACUUGCGAUGGAGGCAUUUGAUGAUAUCAGCGAGGCCGUUGUUGAUCCGCAGCUCUUAUGCGCUGAACUGGCUAUGGUGCUGCACCAGCUUCACAUUGAGGAGGCCAUGGAUGCUGCGGUGUCGCACCUGCGUGAUGUGACAGCGGUGUGCAUAUUCUGCGGCAUGGGCCGCGGCGCCUCGCCGCUUUGCAGCGUGAACGGUACAAUGCACAUGACAGGACAGGCAUCUGUCAGCCGUGUCCUCACGACACUCGCAGAGUGCGCUGGAAUGCCGUCUGUAGAGACAAAGCUCAUUCAGCUACUGCGUGACCCCGUGCUGCAGAUGGAUAGUGCUGUGCACUUUUUACUGUUCCACAUCCUUGCACACGCUGGACAGCAUCGCAACGCACUAUUCGUCGUGGUGGAGCCAUACAUCCGCAGCACCCUCACAACAUUGGUGAAUGCCGACAGAGUAUCUGCAACUGGCUUGGUGACAAGCCAACAAAAGGCCAACGUCCUUAUGUUGCACGUAAAGCUUGUCAUUCUCCUCUCCAACGCGAUGGAUCCUUCGUACCUUGAGAGCAUCCUUCGUGUGUUCUGUGAAGUUCGCCUGCGCAGCAACCACGACGCAUUGGCGCUUUGGUACAUGGCCAACUUGCUCCUGCGGCAAGGGAAAGGUAACGUGGAGCUGCUUCCAACCGAUCCGGCAGAAAACAACUACUGCGUUGAGUACCCCAAUUGUGCCCCCACAUGCAAUACAACCGCCGAUAAUGCGCAGUUACUGCUGAAGAUCAUAGAUAGAUCCCACAGCUUCAGUGAUGAGAUGCGCAGGCUUGUGGGGUGCUGUGUAUGUAAGCUCAUUCAAGACUUUAACGUUCAGGCGCCGAAUAUAAUUGGUUCACUACUGACACCCUUUGGCUUCGUUCCUGUGGGAUUGCAGGCACUCAGCGAUUACGCAUUGCCGGUUGGACCCAGCAGCACUUUCUGGUCCUUCUUUGUGCACCAAAUGAAGUCAUCCGCGCCGAGUCGCACUGCUUUUAUGUCGGCGCUCGCAAAGUCCAUGUCGCAGCGCUUCCGCAUCACCACACCGGCCGACGCGGUUGCUGUUGACGGGAAGGAGGUGACAGGACAUCUCUUUGCAGUGAUGAUGUACGAGGCAAUGAAGCGCAACCCGCCACUGGCCCGCGUCGUGCUGCACAUGAUUUCGCAGUGGGUCAAGCAACCGCAACACCCACCUGGCAGGUUUGUCUGCCUCGUGUAUAUUUGCUCACAGCUGCUUACCGUCGUGGCACGGCGUGGCAUUGGCUCUGCGGCGGUCGAGGUGGCCACGGAAACGAGGCAGGACACGAGUCAGUUCGCCGAUGCCGUUGCGAAGGCGACAAAGGUGGUCCACGCGCAGUUGCCGCGUCUCGCCAAGCUGGGGCCGUUAGUGCGCGAGGAAAACUCAGAGUUCUACCAGGUGGUGCACCGCCUCCAUCAGAAGGCAAAACGCGUUGUGGAGGAGGCGAGUGGUGAGUCCUGCGAGGAGAGUUCUUUGAUAUUCGAUGAUGACAAUGCAGUGCUCGCUGAUAGCGUGCACGACGCGAGUGAUGUGGGUGGAAUGUACUCCCUUGACACACUGCAGCAGCCAGGUGACAAUAGUGUCUUUGAAGAAUACAUGGAUGCGGCAGCGGACGCCGAGCCUCCUGCUCCACCUGUCACGCUGCAGCAGCAUCAGCAGCAACAACAACAACAACAGCAGCAGCAGCAGCAGCAGCAGCAGGAGUACCGUCAACAGGAAAAAGUGCAACAUGAACAACAGAAACAACAACAACAAGAACGGGAACAGAAUCAACUUCUUCAACGGAAUGAAUUACCGGAAGCAAGUCUGGUAUCGCGUGCUCACAAGUUGUCGAUUUCCUCCAAACAAAAUCAGAGUACAAUGACAUCGCCGGCGAACAGUGUGGGCUCGGGGCGGGGGAGGCGGCCGCGUGAGGUUUCUUUCGUCUCUGUCGAUAACACAGAUGUUGCAAACGUAAGCACGGAGGGAGAGUACAGCAGCGCACCGCCUCUUCCCAUCGCACAAACAAUUUACAGCGGCCGUGCCAAGAAGAACAUAGUUGAACAGGAAGAAGAAGGAACAGAUGAGGUGCGUUCUCAGUCACGUGGAGUGCAGACAAGUCCACAAGAACGGCAGGUACUAUUACGUUCUCGUGGCAUAGAGAUAUCGCCGAGAAUGCCACAGAUGAGUUCAUCAACUGCCAACACCAGGGAAGUGGGAAAUAAAACGCCACAGCAGCACGUGACCAGGACACCAGUCGCUAGAGUUUCUACUCCUGUUGAUGGUGAUGCUGGUGUUGACGACGCCACGUGGCGUGAGCCAGACCUCGACGAGGUGAUGGGUGACGAGGAACCUAUAGAAAAACUUGCACUGCCGCUGCUGCAGGCUUCACAGCUUCACGUGGAGGGUGUUGCCGUGCCCUCAGGCCUCGUCCUGGAGUAUUUGGCAACCCAUCAGGGAACCAAGUCUGUCCUCCAUGAGUUGCAGCAGCUCGAAAGAGAGUUCUACACCACACGCGCGUAUGAUGCUGCCGCCGCUGCAGCAGCAGGUAUGAACCAGUACCAUGUGCCUCACCAGGAUCCUGUACAAACCACUGUGGCCCCACCACACACUACCAUUCUACCCGUAACGGUUGAAGGAAGGCCGAACAACUACAGUGUUCCACAUUCGACUCAUGCUCAGGCCCCCAGCAAAACGGUAAUGGCGCGUCUAAACAUGAUACAGACAGUUGACAGACAGACACAGCGCGAGGUGCAAGCCUCCCACCGCAGUGAGAACGAAUCGUCUACUAGUAAGAAGAGGCGGGUUGAAGAUGAAACUGGCGUGGAAGGACUGCGCUCUGCCGUACCGCAAACCCCGGCACAGCGUCCGGGCGGCGGUGUGCAGUUCUUCUUGCAGCAGAAUGCCGCCUCUGUCAUGAAAGACCUGAACGGCAUGCGAGGACAGGUGGAGGCCAUGGCAGCUGUUGCCACUCCCAACCGUGGCAAAAGCGGCGGCGUCGUGCCGCUCAACCAGACAACACCUUACGGUCAGGUGGUGCUGCCGCAGUGCUUUGUGGAGCAGAAGAACGACACCGCUGUGCGUGAGAUUCGCCAAGUGAUGGGCACGCACAAUGCCAACGAUAAUCGCUUAUCGACCGGCGGUCGGCGGAAGAUUCGUGGCAGUGGGGGUGUGGGCGGCGAUUCGGAGAACAGCGCGGCGUGGUGGACAGAGGUAAGUUCGGCUCCCAUGCCAAAGUACGCUACGGAUCCGCAGUACUCCAUGGAACUGUUUUAG